AUGAAUGUAAACACAGAAAGAGAAGUCAUUGCCAAAGCCGUACUCAGAAGCGAAUGUGAUAAUUAUUUUUACGAGUACCUGAUACGGAGAAGGGAACAAGCAUCUUUCGUGAAAGAAAUUCAAAUAGAAAAUAGCUGUUAUUGUACUACACUACUUAACCUUAAGAAUGAUCAUGAACUCGGAGUCAACGCAAAAAGUGCUUUGGACGCGUUUGAAGUAAAGUACUUGUUUUUCUUGGUCAUUCAUCCUAUCAUUCUUGUAUUACUCAAGCAAGAACAUCUUCGAGCAUCUUCGGUUUGCUCUUAUGAUAAACUGCGGUUUGGGCUUCACCUAGCAAAAGCAUCUUCGGUGGAAAAAAAAUCUUCAAUAGUGACCAAUCUUUGGACGGAAAUCCAAAACUUAGAAGAGGAAAAAAAUGCUAUUCGAACCGCCUCGUUGGGGCACCUCAACAUAUUCGGGAAAACGCUUACACAAUAUGCAAAUGGAAUUGAAAGUACAAAUUUACCAACUAAUUUUCAUCAUCAACCAGAAGUGCAACAAGAAUUACGAGAAUCUAAUACAAUGCGAAAUG